AUGUCCGAGAUCAGCAUCCUGGGCUUCAAGCCCGAUUCCGAAUCACCAGACACCGACAUCAUCCAUUGGGCUAUCCUGAUCUCUCCGCUAACCACCAACAGAUCAGAACCACAGAAACACAAAGCCAGGUUCUUCUCGCCGAGAUCCUCGAAAACGAGCAUGAGCCAGGACGACGAGUCUCAACUCUUUGACAUGCACGACCAUCGACUCCGCCAACAAACAUAUCCCGUACCCAUCGUGCGUGAUGAGAGCCCAUCAACAUCCACAUCACCGUCACCAUCCGUUCCGACAACAGUCGUGGCAUCGAAUACUACGAACCGGAUCUUCAGUUUAACCGAGACUCUGGACUCGUCUACUUCUUCCUUACCGGCGACCAAUGAUGCAACACCCACAACGACGAGCAUCACUUCUGUCACCAACCAAACCCUGCCGCUCUAUCUGCGCAUCAAACUCGGCACGCACCAUUCGUCGCCGCACAAGGCGGCGCAGAAACUGUAUUCUGUGCUAUACUGCACACCCACCUACGGACCGGAGGACGACUGGCUGCGAGCCGCGCUCGACACGCUCCUGGGCUCCGGCCUUCUCGAACCCAGCACCAACAUCAACAUUGGCGUACCCUUGGAGAGUUACGACGCUUCCCGAGUCCACGACUUUGCCCGGGAGGCCGCUAAGGAGGCAAUCAUCCUCUCCGAGUCUCAGCAUCGGCCCCAGCCGCGGCUUGAUCCUCAGGAUUACAACGACCCCGACUCGGAACUCAACCCAGUCUUGGAGAUGGACUAUCCAGCGCACCUGGCGCGGAUUGCGGGCGUCAAAGCCCUGUUUAGACCGCACAGCCAUUCCUUUUCAAGACGGUCCACACGCUCAUCGUCGUCUCUUCACUCGUCAGCGCCAUCGACCCCGCGAUCACUGUCACAGACCCAUCUCCAGGUCGUAGAGCCCGAUGUACAUCCUCAGCAACCGCAACCGCAACUAGAACCUCGACCUCUCCCACAACCUGCAUCUCUGGCGGACGAACCGCCGCCGGCCUACACGCCUUCGAACCCGCCAAGUCCGACGCUGACGUCGUCUGUCCCUGUCCCAACUCCGGCCGCGAGCACAGCCAUUUCGACAGGUACGGCUACGGCCACGAGUACUGGAACUCGUACCACACCGACCCCUCUGGAGGCCAGAGCCACCGGGGUCCGCAAAUCCAAGAACCAUGCGACCGCCUUCCUCUCGGGCCACUACAAGUCUUUUCUGGGUCUGCGCAUCUCGCAGUCUCCCAACGCCUGUCGCCAGCACAACAGUACCCGUCCCGCUCAGGAGAGAUGGAGUUUCGAGAGACAAGACGAUCCUUAUGCCGGAUUGAUGUAA